UUUAGUCGGAUUAUAGGAAACAAAUGUCAAAGAGCGAGAUAUUUUAUAAUUUAUUCUUUUUUAAAUAAUACCUUAACGAUUUCUUUAUUUAAACGCUCCGGAACAGAAAAUAUAUUACUUCAUCUGUGUAUCUUACAUACUGAGAAGAUUCUUCUAUGCAUUUGUACCAUUUGAUGCAUUUCCAAUGAAGACACUAAAUCCAAUGUGGGUGAUGCGAGGCCCGCGGCGCUGCGUGUCCACGUGGUCGCCGCUGGCCACCGCCUUCAACACCAGACCCAACUCCAGACCUAUCUUCGACUCCAUGAGGGAGCGGACAGGCUUGUUCAACAAACCAGAGCUAACCACAUUUGAGGGUUUCACGAUGUUAAAGGAACAGGCGAUCUCUGCUACCGAUCGGCUGAUCGAAGAAGCCACGUCGGGCCCUUCCCGCCCGAUGGUCGAGGUUUUUGACGAGCUUUCAGACACACUAUGCAAGGUGGCAGACUUGGCAGAGUUCGUCCGCAUCGCGCACCCGCAGUCUCAUUUCGCCUCCGCGGCUGAAGACGCCUGCAUUAGUGUUAGUGGGGUAGUUGAAAAAUUAAAUAUCCACAAAGGCCUCUACGAGGCGCUCCGCGACUCAGUAAAGCGCGGCACCUCCGGCGAUCAACAUCUAGCCGAGCUUUUCCUUUUCGACUUUGAGCAGAGUGGCAUUCAACUAGAAAACAACAAGCGGAAAAAGGUUGUAGGCCUAAACAACUUGAUACUUCAAACUGGACAGCGGUUUAUGGCCGGGGCUGCGCGCCCGAGGCGAGUACCGAGGGAGGUCGUUCCACAAAACGUUCGCCAGUUCUUCAGCACAGAAGGCGACGACAUAAUCGUGAGCGGAGUGUACGCGGAGUGCGGCGAGGCGGCCGCACGCGAGGCCGCGUACCGACUGUACCUCGCGCCGGACAGUCAGCAAGACGAACUGUUGACUACCACGUUAGAUGCCAGGCACGAGUUGGCUGAACUGUGUGGCUUUGGGUGCUAUGCGGACAGAGCAAUAAAGGCCAGCACAAUGGAAACCGCAUCCAACGUCCGUCAGUUCCUAGACAUACUCUCCGACAACCUCUACGACCGCGCCAGACUUGACUUCGACGCCAUGCUCAAAAUGAAAAAGAGAGAAACACCCUAUCUAGACACAGUCUCAUGCUGGGACACUCCGUAUUUCACACACAAGGCUAAGACACAAUUACUAAAUGUGGCUAAUUCAGAUUUUAGCCCGUACUUUUCGUUAGGAGGAUGUAUGGAGGGACUCAAUAUGCUGUGUCAGGAGUUAUAUGGAAUAAGUUUGCAGUCUGAAGAGAUGCUGCCAGGCGAAUCAUGGGCCCCGGACGUAUACAAGCUAGCCGUGGUGCACGAGAGCGAGGGUCUCCUGGGUCACAUAUACUGCGACCUGUACGAGCGGCGCGGCAAGCCUCACCAGGACUGCCAUUUUACCAUCCAAGGCGGGAAGCUACUGCCCGAUGGCAGUUACCAGAACCCCAUAGUGGUGGUGAUGCUGUCGCUGAGCGGCGGCCACCGCUCCGGGCCCGCGCUGCUGUCGCCCGGCGCCGUCGACAACUUGUUCCACGAGGUCGGGCACGCCAUGCACUCGAUGCUGGCACGAGCACGCCACCAGCACGUGUCGGGCACGCGCUGCCCCACCGACCUGGCCGAGCUGCCCAGCGUGCUCAUGGAGUACUUCGCGAGCAGCCCACAGGUGGUCCGUCGGUUCGCGCGGCACUUCCAGACGCGAGAGGCCAUGCCGGAGCACAUGCUGCAGCGGCUCUGCGCCUCCAAGCAUCUGUUCGGCGCUCAGGAGAUGCAGCUUCAGGUGUUCUACUCCGCACUGGACCAGCGCUACCACGGCGCGGGCGCGUCGCACGGCGGCCGCACGACCGCCGUGCUGCAGGAAGUACAGAAACAGUAUUACGGGCUGCCCUACGUGCAGGACACGGCAUGGCAGCACCGCUUCAGUCACCUUAUCGGCUACGGCGCUAAAUACUACUCGUAUCUAAUAUCCCGGGCUUUAGCGUGGAGCGUGUGGCAACGCAAGUUCUCAGCCGACCCGCUAUCUCGCUCCGCCGGCGACGCGCUGCGACACGGCGUGCUGCGACACGGCGGCGCCCGGCCUCCGCAGGAAAUCCUCGGAGAAUACCUCGGCACAGAGAUGACACCGAACACGCUGGCUAUGGCCCUCAUCGAAGAACUGGACUACCACAAGGACCACCUGGACACUGUCUUCAAAAUCGCCGAGAAGUGAUUGAAGUGAAUCUCUAUCCGGUGACAAUUAACUUUGUGGUUGUGGACAAGUAUUAAACGUGUCCACUUAUGUCAUGUUAUGUGUCUUCCACAGUGAAGCUCCCAUUCAACUCAUCCAAUAUCCAUCCAUCAAAUAAUGAGGGCUAUCGUUUUUUUGCUCACCAGUUGGCGCCUCUGUUGAUGGUGGUCCAAAAGACUAAAGAACAGCUGUCAGUCAUUGAAGUGACAUUUGACAUUUCGAACUAUGGAAAAGACCACCAUCUACACUAGCGCCCCUAGCGGCGAAUUCAUACGCGUUAGCCCUCAUUAUCAAGAUCUAAACGGGCUUUUGUAAAUAGUAAUCAAAUCACAAAUUAAUGUCAUAAAGCUGUCUUUUUUAAGCGUUUUAUGGCCAUGAUUUCUGAACUCGCAAAUUUACUACUUACUACCUACCGUUUAAUAAUGUAUCGUUUUCCCCGCAAUGUCAUGGCGAAUGAGUCUAAAAUAAUUUGAUGGCGUUCUAAAAACACUUGAUAAGGUUUCCUUGGGGUUUUUGAUAACUAUAUCAAAAACCGAAAGGAAACCCUAUUCAUAACAAAGGGCUUACCCAAAAUUAACUCUUCAUUUGGUUACCCUUUCGUUCGGGUAAGUUAACAAUAUGUUCGGAAUCGAAGUUUGACCUAGUGCAGUUGAAAAUGAACCUUAGUGCAUUACGCUAAAGUUAGUAAUCUCCACGGAUACAUUGUAUACGAACACCCAAGUAGAUCAGCCAGAUAAUUAUAAUGGUCCAACAUUAAGGACUCAUUUCUUAUAUGAUCCCACAAAUUACGCCCAAUUGUACGCCAAACUUCUAACAUAAUUCCUGUUCUAGUGCAGUAAAAUGUCAUCUAGCCCUCGGAUACAUUUUAGCGAUUACGGUCGAGCUACUGACUGACAAUAUAAAAAGACGACGGCUUUAGAAAAAAACGCUAAGUACAAAGGCAAAUACGUAUGAUAGGUAAUCUAUGGGUUAUCCAGUAACAUAUCCCAAUGAAUGCGAGGCAAAAGAAGGGUUAUGAUAAAAAGGGUGCUGGUAUUAAAUGUUAUUUAUUUAAGUGUAACAUUUACCUUGUCAUUAUCAAUGUCUAGUAUUGAAUGUUACUACGAAUAAUUUAUGUGCUUGUAAAUACAAUCCUAGUU